CAAAAUGGCCAAUGCUAGGCAUGCUCCCUUCUCUCUUGGCCAACAUGUACAACUUCCAUGAGUACAGUUAUUUGGUCCUCGCCGGAUCAGGCCUCAACUUCAAUGGGGACGGCGCGCCUGGGGCCGGGAUGCGGUUCUUCAUCACCUGCAACCCUGCCAACAUCCAGCACAUCUUCACGACCAACUACCACAACUUCCCCAAGGGCGCGGAAUUCGCUGCCAUCUUCGACAUCAUGGCAGGUGGCCUCUUCACUAUCGACGGCGAGCUAUGGCAUCGGCGCCGCGUGAAAUUUGUGGGUGUGAUCAGCAGCCCGUGGUUUACUGACCGUGUGGCAGCUCAUUGCCGUGACAAGGUGAAGGACUACCUCCUCCCAUUCGACAUGCAAGAAUUAAUGGUGAGGUUAAUGUUUGACAUGACCGCCACAGCAGUCUUUGGCGUGGACCCUGGCUUUCUGUCCUUGGACAUGCCUCCCAUUGAUGCCUCCAUUGCCAUGGACAUGGUCAUGGAGGUGGGAUUUCUACGGCACACCAUACCAGCCUCUUUGUGGAAGGCAAUGAGGUGGCUAAAUAUUGGUCCUGAGAGAAAGCUCCACGAAGCGAAGAAAGUGCUGCACAGGUUUGUUGUGCAUACAAUUGAGAGGAGGAAGACCACUAGAGAAAAUGCUGGUCACGAUGAGGAUGAGGAGGUUGGGGGUGAUAUUUUAGCUUCCUACAUCAAUGACCCGGACUUCUCCAAAGAUGACUCGCUCCGUGCGACACUCAUUAACUUCAUGAUCGCUGGGAGGGACACAAUUGCCACGACCCUGCCAUGGAUAUUUUAUCACUAG